AUGUCCAGAUUAUACAUUGACGAAGAUGUGGUGCAAAAUGAUGGCUUCACCUGGAGAUUUACAGGUUUCUAUGGUGAACCCCAUACAAAUAAAAAGACUUUGUCAUGGAAAGCUCUACGUACUUUUCAUGCAGCAAGGAAACAUCCUUGGUUAUGCUUGGGCGACUUCAAUGAAAUUCUCUUGAGCUGUGAAAAAGAAGGUGGUCAGCCCCGGCCACAGAGAUGCAUGGACAAAUUCAGGGAUGCCCUGGAGGACUGUUCUCUCACUGACCUUGGUUUUGCUGGUGACCCCUUAUAA